AGCUCACUGCGGCAGCAAUGCCUUUGGCGUCUCUGUUCGGUUCACACCCAUGUGAGCGACACGGCUUGCCAGAAUGCGUCUUGCCCCACACUGAUGUGCUGGAAGGAAAAACGGAUUUCUAUCGGCAGCUGCAGGGACGAGAGGGGAACGUAACUUCGAUUUUGGCUGCGCAUUCCGUCACCUCGUUCCCUUCAUCAAGCUUCGGAUCGCUGCUACCAAAGGCCAGUACUGUGACAGCUGCAGAAUCUGCAGCAGCUUUUGGCUACGUUGCCAGCCCAACCCUGGCCAAGCAAAUCAACAGGCUUAUGCGUGCACAAAGCUGGAACGCCCUCAUGUCCGAGUUUGGACCAGUUGUGAAGGCUCUUUCCGGCUACAUAGAGAAAAUGGAAGCGGUCUAUGCUGCGAAGCGCACGCUCUUCCGCGGAAUGCGCUUGCCUGAGCAACACCUGCAAGACAACUAUGCGGUUGGCAAGAUCAUCAGCUGGCACGCAUUUAGCAGCGUCACAACCAAUCGUCAUUUGGCAGAGUCCUACUAUUCUGAAGACUACGAUCGAGGUUUCUUUUUGGAAUCUGGAGUUCCUGUGCUUUUCAUGAUCAGCACCCAUUUUAGGGGAGCUCUGCUGGGUGGCUGGUCCCCUCAUACAUCGCACGAUGAGCUGUUGCUUUCUCCAUUCCUGUUCUUCCGGGUGACUUCCAUCAGUGAGCUGUCUGGAAACGAUCGUUUGAGAGUUAUCAAGUUGCAAGUGGUGAAAUUGCCACGGUCUUGGGCGGAGACAGCCCCUGAUCGCCUUAUGCUUCUUCACCCCAGCAGCAUGCCAUGGGCAGCGCAGCCCAAGGAGGUGCUGUCAGAACUGGAAGUGGAUGUGGAUGACGUUUUGAAGCGAAAAUUGGAUCCACCCGGUGCUUUUCUGCUGUCCGUCUUUGUCGCUGUGACUACUAUCAUAUUGCUGCUUCUGCAUACUAUGGGAUACGAUCUGGAUGACUUUGCGGUGGGAAAACAAGGCUACUGAUACAUCACAACGACUUCCCUUCUCACGAUUGGCAGCAGACGAUUGUCCCAGGAUCUGCGUACUGAGCAAGCUGAAUGUCUUGUGGGACAUAGGCAGGUUUGCGGAGCACCUGACAUUCGCCAAAGUUUGCGGAACAGGCAUCCUGCAAGAGCACUUGUUCGGUUGUGGAGCCAACGCCUCGAAGUUCGCGUGAAGAUUGCGAGGGUCAAGGUGUCAAAUUGUCCAAUACCAGUGCUGCAUGUGACAAGAGAUGUUUG